AUGACAUGCCUUAUUGAAUUUUUCUUUGAGGUCAUUGACCUGAGAGCUGGCACUGCUGCAGAUCUAGAAAAAAGAAAGCUUAUUUUUGGAAAAAACUUCAUACCCCCAAAGAAGCCAAAAACAUUCAUACAGCUAGUGUGGGAAGCGCUGCAGGAUGUGACUCUUAUAAUCUUGGAAAUUGCAGCCAUCAUAUCCUUGGGGCUUUCAUUUUAUCAGCCACCUGGAGAAGGGAAUGAAGGGUGUGGCACUGCAACAGGAGGAGCUGAAGAUGAAGGUGAGGCUGAAGCUGGCUGGAUUGAAGGUGCUGCCAUCCUGCUGUCUGUUAUCUGUGUUGUACUUGUCACUGCCUUUAAUGACUGGAGCAAGGAGAAGCAGUUUCGUGGGCUUCAAAGUCGUAUUGAGCAGGAACAGAAAUUUACUGUUGUCCGAGGUGGGCAGGUGAUCCAAAUCCCAGUGGCAGAGAUAGUAGUUGGUGACAUUGCACAGGUGAAAUAUGGUGAUCUCCUACCUGCUGAUGGGAUAUUUAUUCAAGGAAAUGAUCUUAAAAUUGAUGAAAGUUCUUUGACUGGAGAGUCAGACCAGGUCCGCAAAUCUGUUGACAAAGAUCCAAUGCUACUGUCAGGUACUCACGUCAUGGAAGGCUCUGGACGAAUGCUUGUAACUGCUGUGGGUGUGAAUUCUCAGACGGGCAUCAUCUUUACUCUGUUAGGUGCUGGAGGAGAAGAAGAAGAAAAGAAAGACAAAAAAGAUUCUUCCCAUCCCUCCUCCCACCCUCCUUCAGCUACAGAUGGUGCAGCAAGUGCAAAUGCCACUGAUAAUGCAAAUGCCAGCUUAGUCAAUGGCAAAAUGCAGGAUGGGAAUAUGGAGAACAGCCAGAACAAAGCCAAGCAGCAAGAUGGGGCUGCUGCCAUGGAGAUGCAGCCACUGAAGAGUGCCGAGGGGGGAGAAGGAGAUGACAAAGACAAGAAGAAAUCCAACAUGCACAAGAAGGAAAAAUCUGUCCUACAGGGAAAGCUGACCAAGCUGGCAGUCCAGAUAGGCAAAGCAGGUUUGGUGAUGUCUGCCAUCACUGUAAUCAUUUUGGUACUAUAUUUUGCCAUUGACACUUUUGUGGUGAAAAAGAAACAGUGGUUACCCGAGUGCACUCCUGUCUAUGUUCAGUAUUUUGUUAAAUUCUUCAUUAUUGGUGUUACUGUACUUGUGGUUGCUGUCCCUGAGGGUCUUCCACUUGCUGUCACUAUUUCUUUGGCUUAUUCUGUAAAGAAAAUGAUGAAAGAUAACAACCUGGUCCGCCACUUAGAUGCCUGUGAAACUAUGGGUAAUGCUACAGCCAUAUGCUCUGACAAAACAGGGACACUAACAACCAACCGGAUGACAGUCGUCCAAGCCUAUAUUGGUGAUGUGCACUACAAAGAGAUCCCUGACCCUGAUUCUGUACCUGCUAAGACUCUCGAAUUACUGGUUAAUGCAAUUGCUAUCAACAGUGCUUACACUACAAAAAUUCUGCCACCAGAAAAGGAGGGCGGCCUGCCUCGGCAGGUGGGCAAUAAGACAGAAUGCGGUCUCUUGGGCUUUGUCCUGGAUUUGAAGCAGGAUUAUGAGCCUGUUCGGAGCCUCAUCCCUGAGGAGAAACUUUAUAAAGUUUACACAUUCAACUCUGUGAGAAAGUCAAUGAGCACUGUCAUUAAAAUGCCAGAUGGUAGCUUCCGAAUGUACAGCAAAGGAGCUUCUGAAAUUGUUCUGAAGAAGUGUUCCAGGAUCCUUAAUGCAGCUGGUGAGCCUCGUAUCUUCAGACCACGUGACCGGGAUGAAAUGGUGAAGAAAGUGAUUGAACCAAUGGCCUGUGAUGGAUUGAGAACUAUCUGUGUUGCUUUCCGAGACUUCAGCAGCAGCCCAGAACCUGACUGGGACAAUGAAAAUGACAUUUUAUCUGAUCUGACUUGCAUCUGUGUUGUUGGCAUUGAAGAUCCAGUAAGACCAGAGGUCCCAGAAGCCAUAAGAAAGUGCCAGCGAGCUGGAAUUACGGUCCGCAUGGUCACUGGAGACAAUAUCAACACAGCACGUGCCAUUGCCAUAAAGUGUGGAAUCAUUCAUCCAGGAGAAGACUUUCUUUGCCUUGAAGGGAAAGAAUUUAACAGGAGGAUCCGAAAUGAGAAGGGAGAGAUUGAGCAAGAGCGGAUUGACAAAAUCUGGCCAAAGCUUCGAGUACUUGCUCGGUCGUCUCCCACGGACAAACAUACUUUGGUCAAAGGUAUUAUUGACAGCACACAGGUGGAGCAGAGGCAGGUUGUAGCUGUGACUGGUGAUGGAACCAAUGAUGGACCAGCACUUAAGAAAGCCGAUGUUGGCUUUGCAAUGGGCAUUGCUGGAACAGAUGUUGCAAAGGAGGCCUCAGAUAUCAUCCUAACAGAUGACAAUUUCAGUAGCAUCGUGAAGGCUGUAAUGUGGGGACGUAAUGUGUAUGACAGUAUCUCCAAAUUCCUGCAGUUCCAGCUCACUGUUAACAUUGUGGCUGUGAUAGUGGCUUUCACUGGAGCAUGCAUUACCCAGGACUCUCCUCUAAAAGCUGUACAGAUGCUGUGGGUCAAUCUAAUUAUGGACACUUUUGCCUCACUUGCUCUGGCCACUGAACCUCCAACAGAAGCUCUAUUGCUAAGAAAGCCAUAUGGCAGGAACAAACCUCUUAUAUCCCGUACCAUGAUGAAGAACAUUCUGGGCCAUGCUGUCUACCAGCUUACUCUAAUAUUUACACUUCUUUUUGUUGGUGAGAAAAUGUUUAAAAUUGACAGUGGGAGAAAUGCACCGCUCCACUCUCCUCCUUCAGAGCACUACACCAUUAUCUUCAACACUUUUGUCAUGAUGCAGCUUUUCAAUGAAAUCAACGCACGCAAAAUCCAUGGAGAGAGAAAUGUCUUUGAUGGCAUCUUCAGAAAUCCUAUUUUUUGCACUAUUGUACUGGGUACAUUUGCUAUUCAGAUAGUAAUUGUCCAGUUUGGAGGAAAACCAUUUAGCUGUUCUCCCCUGCAGCUUGAUCAGUGGAUGUGGUGUGUAUUUAUUGGAUUAGGAGAACUUGUAUGGGGUCAGGUCAUUGCAACCAUCCCAACAAGUAGGCUAAAGUUCUUAAAGGAGGCAGGGCGGCUCACUGAGAAGGAAGAGGUUCCUGAAGAAGAACUCAAUGAAGAUGUUGAAGAAAUUGAUCAUGCAGAGAGAGAACUUCGACGAGGACAAAUACUCUGGUUCAGAGGGCUUAACAGAAUCCAAACCCAGAUCGAAGUAGUCAAUACUUUCAAGAGUGGCACUUCCUUUCAGGGGGCUCUAAGGAGACAGUCCUCCGUCACAAGCCAGACCCAGGAUAUCCGCGUCGUGAAGGCAUUCCGUAGCUCUCUCUAUGAAGGUUUAGAAAAACCAGAAUCUAGAACCUCUAUUCACAACUUUAUGACUCAUCCUGAGUUUAGGAUAGAAGAUUCCCAGCCCCACAUCCCACUCAUUGAUGACACAGACCUAGAAGAAGACCCUGCUCUCAAGAAAAACUCGAGUCCACCGUCUUCACUGAACAAGAACAACAGUGCUAUCGACAGUGGAAUAAAUCUUACAACUGACACAAGUAAAUCAGCUACCUCUUCUAGUCCAGGAAGCCCAAUACAUAGCCUGGAGACAUCACUUUAGCUGAAAAGG